AUGUCAAGACUUUCAAAAUAUAUGACGAGUUACUUUCGAAAAACACCUCAAGCUCCACAAUCACCAAGACAAUCAAUAGAGCUUGACAUAGUAGAUACUAAUGGAAGACCCCUGAUUUCUCCAAAGGCCAAUGAGAUUUUAGAUGAGAUUGAAAAUGGAAUGAUCUGUCCUAUCUGCAUAGAUACUCUUGCAGCUGAUAUAUCAGAGAUCUGGAGCUACCAUUGCUGCUAUCAUGUCUUUCAUCCUAGGUGUAUCAGGGGAUGGGUUAUCACUUCGACCCGAUCACCAAAUAGUGUUAAGUGGAGAUGCCCUGGAUGUAAUACUACUGAACGUAGGGGCCGCCCGCUACCCUCUUGCUGGUGCAAAAAACAUAGUUCCAAAACUAUAGAGAUUAAUGCAGGUAGCUGUGGUCAGUCCUGUUCGAGAAAACGGCGUUGUGGUACUCGGCGCAAUUGCCCCACGUAUAUAUGCUCAGCAAUAUGUCAUCCUGGACCAUGCUUUGAACCCACAUGCACAGAUAACUGCGGAGAGGAGAUACCCCAAGAGCCAGACGAUCAGCAACAACUUGCUGAUUCAAUUGCCGAUUUCCAAAAAAAUCUCUGGUAUCUCAUACCUAUCUUUAUAUUCAAUUUCCUUGCAAUUCUCUGGACUGUGAAUCGUAUUCGGCGAUUUACAACACCACUCGAAAACCAAAAAUUCACAGAAGGGGAGUUUCGUAAGCACGAGCAAAAUAUCUGUUUUGUAGCUGCUGCUGUCCUCUUUGUGUUGAAUUCGAUUAUGUGGGGCUCUAAUCUACAUAGCAUCAAUAAGUGUCUCAGGAUCUAUCUAGGUUUAAGUACAUCGAUACGAGUGCCUACAUCAUAUUCUAUCUCAUGGAGAAGGACAAAAAUCAUCGCUGCAAGGGUGGUUCUUACUAUCUUGUGGAUUAUAUUCAUUAUUCUUGUCUUUUGUAUUCCAGCCGUCGGCACAUGCGAUAGCUUCGACACACGUAUCAAACUCUCUGAACCAUCUGUUGAUUACUUCGGUCUUCACAGCAGAACAACAAAAGAAGGGAGAAUCCACAUCAACCAUCUAUACACUCAAACGCCUGGUCUAUACCCAUAUCCCUCCUGGAAAGAUUACGAAUCCUACAAAUCUGGCGUUAAUCUCUUCAACAUCACCAGAAUAAAUAAUACAGCUCUAAACAACCCUACAUUACCGACCAGUAAGCCAUUCGACAAAUCCUGGCGCAUCAUGGGGAUUUAUGGCGAUAAACCCAUGCAUUUGGAUUUUGAUCUCUUGCAUCGCUCUUGGCGUAUGAAGGAGGGAAUUAUAGUCAUUGACUCUGAAGAUCCCAGUUCCUCUUUCUACAAAGGAGGAGUCUUAUUCGAUCGCCUCAAACCAGGGGAAAUCUACGACUCAAACAAGACCUCUCAUCUAGUUCCUAAUUUCGGGAUUGCAAUUCAAAAUCUUCAUGAAGUACGCAAUGGAACAUGGACAGCCACCGAUGCUGAGAAUAUGGAGCUUGAAUUCCCUGAAUUGGAUCUGCAUAUUCCUAUGUGGGGACUCUUUGAAAAACAUUGUGUGUAUCAAAGUUUCAUGAGAGUUUUCCGAAGGCCAACUGACGAAAGUCGGAAAACGUGGAAUACUUGGAGCAAAGAAAGCAAUGGAGAGGAAGUGAUGAGAACUGCGAGCUUUGGGUAUGGUGGAAAUAAGGGACUGCAAGUUUGUGUGAAGAGGAGGAAUUAUACGUGGUCUACUUCUGCUGGAGUUCAAGUGACGGAACCGGGGUUGGGAGAGGAUCUUUUGGUGCCGUUGGGGUUGAUGGCUGUGGUAAGGAGGAGUAUGAGGAUGGAACAGGGGAAGAUGAGGGAUAAUUGUCGUUGGCCGGAAGAUUGA